AUGGUUGAUCACAUCUCAAAAUUCACAGAUAUUUUAGACGACGAAAUGGAAUGCUCGCAGCCUCUAUCGUUGCCGUCAUCAAAUAAUUCAGAUAUACAAGAAAUUUCGGGCCUAGUGCAAAAUCGACCACCCAAAAAUACCGGGCAAGAGGGUAAUUUUCGGAGCAUUGAAGAAAUAGAACUGAAAUAUAGACACGUAUUCGCUUAUCCGUAUUUUAAUUUGGUACAAUCAAAAGUUAUUGAGGAUGCAUUGUACACAGAUAAAUCUAUGGUAGUGUGUGCGCCGACUGGUUCUGGUAAGACAGUUAUAUUUGAAAUGGCUAUAGUACAUUUAUUAAUGGAACUCCAGGAUAAGAAUUACGCAGAUGAUUUUAAGAUUAUAUACAUGGCUCCAGUAAAAGCCUUAUGCACUGAAAGGUUAUCUGAAUGGUAUCCAAAAUUCAACAAACUAGGAUUAUUGUGUAUCGAAGUAACCGGUGACACAGAUGUUGAAUUCCCGCAGUUAAAACCCUACAGAAUAAUAAUAACGACACCAGAAAAGUGGGACAUGCUGACACGUAGGUGGAAAGACCACAGAUCUCUGGUCGAAGUCAUCAAGCUGUUCCUCAUUGAUGAAGUUCACAUAUUGAAUGAUGAAAUUCGCGGACCGGUCUUAGAAGCCGUCGUCAGUAGAAUGAAAACCAUUGAAGCAUCAGCUCAAUCAGCCCAUCGCAUAGAAAAACUCAAAGCGCAAUAUCAAGGAACAAAUUCAAUAAGUUCAGUAUCAGCGGCUAACAUAAGAUUCGUUGCAAUAUCAGCCACUGUUAGUAACCCUGAUGACGUGGCUACUUGGCUCGGAACUGCAGAUCGACAAGCUGUUUAUUACAAAUUCGGUGACGAGUGUCGACCCGUUAAAUUAAAACGUAUUGUAGAAGGGUAUCCAUGUGCAGACGGGACUAGCAUAUUUAAGUUCGAUAUCGUACUUAAUUAUAAGCUUUGGCCCAUCAUUCAGAAAUAUCACAAUGGGAAACCUACGUUGAUAUUCUGCAAUACAAGAAAAAGUGUAGUUUUAACUGCGGAGACUCUAGCUAAAGAAAUAACGGUUAGCUUCAACACAGAACAGAAGAUGAAAUUGACAUCACUGGCGUCUACUAUAAAGACUAAGAAAAUUCAGUCAUUGAUCCUGUGCGGUGUUGGUUGUCACCACGCUGGCUUGCUAUUUGAAGAGCGGAUGAACAUAGAACAUGCGUUCCGAAACAGAGACCUGCCUAUACUUAUUACUACAACUACCUUAGCAAUGGGCGUUAAUCUCCCGGCACAUCUCGUGAUUAUCAAAAAUACUCAGCAAUACGUCAACGGAGCAUAUCAGGAGUACAGCAUUAGCACCAUCUUGCAAAUGGUUGGUCGCGCGGGCAGACCGCAAUACGACACAGAGGCCACCGCAGUUAUUAUGACUAGAUUACAAGACAAGGCCAGGUAUCAAGCUUUAGUUGGUGGAAGCGAGCCUCUUCAAAGCUACUUGCACAAGCGUUUAGCUGAGAAUCUCAAUAGUGAGGCAGCGCUAGGUACUGUAGGCGACGUCGCUCAGUGUGUGCAAUGGCUCAACUCGACGUUCCUUAGCGUGCGGGCCGCGCGCGAUCCGAGGAGAUACCUGGGUCUUCCGCAAGCUGCGCCUGCGCACCAAAUUUCUAAGAAAAUCGAAGAGCUCUGUGUAAAGGCAAUGAACGGUUUGGCUAGUGCUGGGCUAAUAACGAUGGAUGAAGCAAGUUGCAUUGAAUCGACGGAAGCCGGUCGCCUCAUGUCUGUAUAUUAUUUAGAUUUAGGAACUAUGAAACUCAUUAUGAAGUUGGAAGGAACAGAAUCUCUGGAACGCCUCCUAUGGCUGGUGUGCGAAAGUCAAGAGCUCUCAGACAUGCAUCUCCGAGUUGACGAGCGGAGAUGUCUCAACGCGUUGAACAGGAAUAAUGCGGCGGCAACCAUACGAUUUCCCAUGAAGGGUAAAAUUAACAGCAGGCAGAUGAAGCUUAACUGCAUAAUCCAAGCUGUGCUCGGUUGCUUGCCUAUCCCGGAUCCUUCUCUCAACCAAGAAGCAACCAAGAUCAUGAGAAUUGCGGAUAGAGUAUGCAAAUGUCUAGUAUCUUACGUAACUCGUUCCAAUCUUAUUUCUCAAAAUCCAAAAUUCUUUGCGACAAUAUUAAAUUCACUGAUACUAGCUAAGUGUAUAUCGGUUCAUUUAUGGGAAAACUCGCCUUACGUCAGUCGACAAUUGAAGGGGAUAGGGCCGACUUUUAGUGCUUUGCUCGCGUCCGCCGGAAAAGUUACCUUCAUGUUACUAGAAGAAAGUCAUCCGAGAGAUUUAGAAAGGAUAAUGAAUAAGGGUCCACCAGCUGGUAAUAUUUUAAGAAAACAAAUAAACUUAUUACCAAAAUAUAAUCUUACUACAACACCAAUAAACGAAAACACGGUACAAAUACAACUGUCAUUGUUAAAUCACGCCUUAUUGGCUGAAAACAUCGAACACCUAACAGCUGGUGCUAGUCACAAGAGUUACAUUAUUGUGGGAGAUUCUGAUAACAAUCUGCUAUAUUUCACGUAUUUUAAGGAUUCAGAUCUAAUAAACAUUUACAACGGAUGCAUGACCUUUAAAAUAAACAGAAAACAUAAUAGCAAACAUAAAAUUUCUGUUCACUGCAUCAGUUCAAGUUUUGUGGGUAUGGAUGAACAAUGUCAAUUUUUGUUUAAGGAUUUAUACCAUAUUCCUGCUAACAAUGAAAGUAGUCAAUAUUCAGCGGCAAUUCCACUGACAAAUCCAAACAAGCAAGCCAUUCCUAAUAUCCAAAAAGAAAGGAAAAGAAAGUCUCCACACUAUAAUGAAAUAACACAAUCUAAAGAAAAGAAGAAACGUGAAAAUUAUUUACUAGAAAAAUUUAAAUCUCUUAAGAAGUCUUUAGGAAAGACGUCAAGUGAAAUUAAUGAAAAUGACCAUAAAAGUGCUCAAAUUUCAAACAACAUACUACAAAAUUUGACGAAAUCAGAAAACUAUGAUUUUUUGAAUUUUAGAACUUCUAAUGAAUCAAACGAUACAAAUCUAAUUUUAAGUAAUGAUAUUCAAAAUGCAUUUCAAAUAGAUUUUGAAUAUGACGACUCUGUAGACGACAAACAAGUAAACGAUAUUCUAAAUGUAAUUGAAAAUGAAAUGGAAACUGGAGAAAGCACAAUUAAUGCCACAAUCUCAUCUACAUCUACACAUGUAAGACGUCAUGACCAAAAAAGUAACCACAAUCCAAAUAAAAGUACUCCAACAAUGACAUUGAAUAUUUCUAAAGAAAAAAGCGAAAUUGAAAAAUUAGAAAAAAAAUUAGAUCUGAAUGAUGAAGAUGAAACACCAGAAACCGUCAAUGAAACUGGUUUUAAUAAUUCUGUAAAACAUCAAAUAGAACAAUAUUUAAUAGAAACAGCUAAUAAAAAGAGCGAAAAAGCAAACGUUAUAGAUAUACUAAGCCCUAUUAUUGAUGAUCAGGAACAUAAUAGAUUUAUAACGAAAAAUACGGAAGAGUAUAAAACCACCACAGAUUUUCUAAAUAAAGGGGAAACUGGUUCACAGAAUCAAUCGUUAUUGCAUGAAAAUGAUAACAAACUUAACACAAAUAUCAAUUCAAUAGCCGUCGAAGCCAACAAAAACUAUUCAAAUAUAUUACUUUCAAAAAAAGAAUUGAUUGGUAACGAGAACACAAACUAUAUUAAUGAAAAUAAAUCCAUUCAAUCCUAUAAAAAAGAAAAUAACACUUGUGAUAUUGAUACAGAAGGUUCUUUAUUAAGUAAUACACUAUUAAUGAAUUUGCCAAUAAUUAAAAACAAUUGUUCAAUUACAUCUAAUUAUUCAAAUGAAUUUCAAAUAAUAAAUCAACCCUUAUCGACAAUGUCAAAUACUAAUCCCAUCAAACAAUUUACAUUGUUAUCCAAGAACAAUUACUUGAUGCCUUCUAGUGCAGAUGACGACUCUUAUGAAAUAAAUAUUGAUGCUGACAAAAAUUCAAAAGAGAGAAAAAAUUCAGAGUAUACAAGAAAACAUAGCUUAAGUAAAGCGCAUUUUAUUGACACCACAAUUACAAAUAAAUUUAAUGAAAAGGUUCACUUAAUAGGAAAACUAGAAAUCAAUUUAGACGUAACUGAAAUAGUUUAUAGCAGUGACAGUAAUAGUAAUUUAAAUACGAAAGCUAUAGAAGAUUCAAAGUGUACUUCUAGUUUUGAUGUUAUUCAAAAUAAAGAUAUUCCUAAAAAUGACAAAAAGGAUGAUUUAAUAGUUGAUACUUGUGCACGAAACUACAACGAUCCUGAUAAUAAUCAUUGUGAUUUUCAAAACCAGAAAGAAGGGAUCAAAACAUCAGAAGAAAAUUUAUUAUUAAAAACCAGUAGUACUAACGUGAAAGAUAUAUUAAAAAAAUAUAAUAAUUUAGUGAAAAGACGACACAAAAACAACAUCGAAUCUGAGCAAGCAAUACCGAGUGAGAAUAUUAAAGAUAAUUUUUCAUGCGCUGAUAACGCAACUGUAAAACUAAAGAGGAAAUUUAGAAUCAGCGAUUUAGACAAAAUAAAUGUAGAUUUACCAAAAUAUUUAAUAGGAGAGAGUCAAACAAAUGUACCCUUUGAAACAGGAGGCAACAUGGAAAGUCAAAAUAUUGAUAUAAGAAAUAUAGAACAAGUUAAUCCCGAUAUAAUAAAUGGAAAUAUCCAAAGUAAUAUUAGUGAUACAGAAGACGGAAUCUUUGACAUAGGAGGUAAUAUGUCACCAAGAUAUAAAAUAGAAGAAGAAACAAAAUCUAAUUCGGAACUAGAUGUAGCCGAAGCCAUACUUAAUCCUAAAAUGCUCUUACAAUGUAUAAGCAAGGACGUUACUAAUGAUAUUAUACCUCCGCCACCCGAAUUCUGCGAUGACGAUACUUCCCAACCAACACCACCGUAUGUUCUACGUGAUAACUUAAAUAUGGAAUAUGACUUGAUUGAUUCGCAUGACAAUAAAUAUGAUGACCACAUUGAUAAUAUAUGUAGUGAAAACUAUGAAGCUGAUUUAACUCCAUCUAAAGAAAUUGAAACAUGGACGUUAACACAAAACGCCAAACCGAGUUAUAAAGCAAGGGAUCCUAACAUCGCAACCAUUAAUUCCAGUGAUAUAUUCACUCUUAACACCUAG